GGGGCGGCAGGUGGUCUGGUGGAGGCCAGGCGUGGGCAGGAGGCCUGUGGGGCCGUGAUCCAGGCCGGCCCAGAGAGCAAAAUAAUGGAGUCUUCCAAGACCUUCAUGAGACAGAUGCCCAUCACACCAGGCUACAGUGGCUUCGUGCCCUACCUGAGCUGCCAGGGCACCUCCAGCGAGGACAACAUGGCCCACUGUCUGAAAAUCUUCCAGGAGAACGCACAGCGGUAUAAAGACCGGCUGGAGGAAUUCCACUGCUCUGUGGCCGCUGCCCCAAAACUGAAACCUGUCCGCUCGGAAGGGACGGUCCUCCGGACACUGCACCAGUAUUACCGGCAGUUCCAUCCCUUGAGUCUGGAAUGCAAGAAUAUAAAGAAACCUCUCCAUGAGCCCCCCAUCCCCGGCUGGGCGGGCUACCUGCCAAGAGCCAGGGUCACUGAAUUAGGCUGCGCCACGCGGUACACCGUCAUGGCCAGAAACUGCUACAGGGACUUCCUGGACCUCAUGGAGCGGGCCAAACAAGCACAUCUGAAACCAUAUGAGGAAAUAUAUGGAGUUAAGUCCACACCACCUCCUCCUACUCCUCCUCCAAAAGUUUUGUUGCAUGAAGGGCUGCUGCCAAAAUAUCCAGAUUUCUCUAUUCCAGGUGCUAGGUGUCCUACCCUCAGCCGAGCCUUGAUGGAGGACCCCAGGCCCCUGAUGACGUGUGACUGUACUCAGAGGCCAAGUGUUUGGUGCGGCGGGAAGAUUUAUCUAGAGCCGUUAUCUGCAGGAAAGGACAUGGAAGGGUAGGAGUGGAGAGCUUCCUAAGGAGAGGCGGAUGUUACCGGGGGAUCAGAAGCUUCCCGUCCUCACACGAGAGUGCUUCACACACCCAACAGGCACAGGGGAAGGUUCCUAA